AUGGCUGAAAUCGAUGCCAUCUUGUUUGAUCUAGAUGAUACGCUCUACCCUGUGAGCACCGGCUUCUCAGAUCAUCGAAAUGGCGAGGUCGUCUGCAAGUUCAUGAUGGACUACCUGGGGUUUGACUCCAUGCAGUCUGCCAAAACUCUUCGAGAUGAGUACUUCCAGCGAUACCACUCCACGAUGAAGGGCCUCAACAUGGCAACGAAGGAUGGAAGAUUGCCUAAGCCUUUCCGGCAGGAAGAAUUGGGCCAGUUUUGGGCAGAUCACUGUGACUUCGAGAGGUUCAUCCAUCCAGACCCUCGGCAAGCAGAGGUGAUCCACAGCUUAGCUCAGGUGGGUCUCAAAGUGGCAAUUUUCACAAACUCGCCGCGCAAGUACGCUCUUUGCUGCUUGGACAAGCUGGGCCUUCGUGCUCUCUUCCCAGACGACCACAUCUUCGCUGUUGAGGAUGUGCUUCCUGCCUGCAAGCCGCAGCCGGAAGCAUUCAAGCAAGUUCUUGACAGCAUUGGAGCCCUGCCUCAAAAGACGGUGAUGUUUGAGGACUCAAUGAAGAACAUUCGCGCGUGCAAGGCGCUUGGCAUACGUACCGUCCUGGUAGACGAGUUCAAGGAGCAGAACCAGAAAGCCCAGAGCGAGGCGACUGUGACAGCAAUGACAGCAGGCGAAGCAGCUUUGCUGCACGACAUUCCGCAGCAUGCUGACCCUGCAGUGGAUGUCGUGAUCAAGGAUCUCCUGGAAGCACGUGCAGCAAUGCCCAAGUUGUGGCAAAAGCGAUUUGAGGUCGUGGCAAAAUCUGCGCCGUGA